UUGUCUACUGUAGCUACCACCGUAUCUUUCUGCGUGUGUACCAUGCUAUUAUUCUGGCAAACCGGCCCAGGAUCCCGGUGCCUCCUGCUCUCGCUCCUGCUCCUCACAACCUGGGAGGCAGGGAGCGGCCAGCUCCACUACUCCAUCCCAGAGGAGGCCAAACACGGCACCUUCGUGGGCCGCAUCGCGCAGGACCUGGGGCUGGAGCUGACGGAGCUGGUGCCCCGCUUGUUCAGGGUAGCGUCCAAGGACCGCGGAGACCUUCUGGAGGUAAAUCUGCAGAAUGGCAUUUUGUUUGUGAAUUCUCGGAUCGACCGGGAGGAGCUGUGCGGGCGGAGCGCGGAGUGUAGCAUCCACCUGGAGGUGAUCGUGGACAGGCCGCUGCAAGUUUUCCACGUGGAGGUGGAGGUGAGGGACAUUAAUGACAAUCCACCUGUGUUCCCUGAAACCAACAAAAACAUCGUGAUUGCGGAGUCGAGACCUCCAGAAACUAGAUUUCCACUAGAUGGCGCAUCCGAUGCAGAUAUCGGAGUCAAUUCCGCCUUGACCUACCGAUUGGAUCCCAGUGAUUAUUUCGCUUUGGACACGCAAAACAAUCGUGAGCGAACUUCUUCGUUAUCCCUUGUGUUAAAGAAAUCAUUAGACAGAGAAGAAAUUCAGGAGUAUAGUUUAUUACUAACAGCUAGUGACGGAGGCAAACCGGAACUGACUGGCACAGUUCAGCUGCUGAUCACCAUCCUUGAUGUGAAUGACAAUGCUCCAGAGUUUGAUCGGUUCGUUUACAAAGUCAAAGUGUUAGAGGAUGCACUUAAUGGAACGUUGGUGAUUAACUUAAACGCCACAGAUCCUGACGAGGGUAUAAAUGGAGACAUAAUCUACUCCUUCAGACGGCCUGUAUCCCCUGCGGUGGUGCAUACAUUUAAUAUAGAUCCCAACAGUGGAGAAGUUAGGACAAAGGGGCUACUGGAUUUCGAAGAAAUUAAACUAUAUGAGAUACCCGUGGAGGCAGUAGACAAAGGCAAUAUUCCAAUGACAGGCCAUUGUACCCUUCUGGUGGAAUUACUAGAUGUAAAUGAUAAUGCACCAGAGGUCACGAUUACUUCCCUGUCACUCCCAGUCAGAGAAGAUGCUCAGCCAAGCACUGUCAUAGCUCUCGUCAGCGUGUCUGACCGAGACUCUGGUGACAACGGGCAGGUGACUUGCUCUUUGACGCCUCAUCUCCCCUUCAAGCUGGUGUCCACUUUUAAGAAUUACUAUUCGUUAGUGUUGGACAGCGCCCUGGACCGCGAGACCACCGCUGACUAUAAGGUAGUGGUGACAGCCCGAGACAGGGGCUCACCCUCGCUGUGGUCUACGGCCAGCGUGUCCGUGGAGGUGGCUGAUGUGAACGACAAUGCUCCUACAUUCGGGCAGCCUGAGUACACAGUGUUCGUGAAGGAGAACAACCCGCCUGGUGCGCACAUCUUCACGGUGUCAGCGAUGGAUGCGGAUGCGCAGGAGAAUGCGCUGGUGUCCUACUCACUGGUGGAGCGGAGGGUGGGCGAGCGCUUGCUGUCGAGUUAUGUGUCUGUGCACGCGGAGAGCGGCAAGGUGUUCGCGCUGCAGCCUCUGGACCAUGAGGAGCUGGAGCUGCUACAGUUCCAGGUGAGCGCGCGGGAUGCUGGUGUGCCUGCCCUGGGCAGCAAUGUGACUCUGCAGGUGUUUGUGCUGGAUGAGAAUGACAAUGCUCCCACUCUAUUGCCUCACAGAGCCGUCGGAGCUGUCGGGACAGUGACCGAACUUGUGCCUAGGUCAGCGGGUUCAGGGCAGGUAGUGGCGAAGGUGCGGGCAGUAGAUGCGGACUCUGGUUACAAUGCGUGGUUGUCUUAUGAGCUGCAGUUGGCAGCCGGGGGCAUGCGCAGUCCCUUCCGCGUGGGUCUGUACACGGGCGAGAUCAGCACAACGCGCUCCCUAGACGAAGCAGAUGCGCCCCGCCAGCGUCUGUUGGUGUUAGUGAAGGACCACGGCGAGCCCGCACUGACCGCCACAGCCACGGUGCUGGUGUCUCUGGUGGAGAAUGGUCAAGCACCCAAGAUAUCUUCCCUUGCUUCGGAGAGCACAGCGUCUUCGGAGGCGUCGCUGGUGACUGUCAACGUGUACCUGAUCAUUGCUAUUUGCUCAGUGUCCAGCUUGUUGGUGCUCACGCUGCUGCUUUACACCGCGCUGCGCUGCUCAGCAAGGCCCACAGAUGGAGCCUGUGCUCCGGGGAAGCCCAUGCUGGUGUGCUCCAGCGCGGUGGGGAGCUGGUCAUACUCGCAGCAGAGGCGACAGAGGGUGUGCUCUGGAGAGGGUCCACCUAAGACCGACCUCAUGGCCUUUAGUCCUAGUCUCCCUCCUGUGUUAGGCUCUGCAGAGGACACAUGUCAGAGAGAAAGGCAGGUAGAACAUUUGAAAGAGGACCCUUGA